AUGAGGUUGAGACCACAGUUAGUCAGUAGUAUAUGGAGGCGGCAAUUGCAAACGUCCAGACGGUUGUUUCUUAAUUAUGAUCCGUACCUGACACUUGGAGUGGAUAGGUCAGCGGACGGCAAGCAGAUCAAAAGAGCGUACUAUGAUUUAGUGAAGAAGUUUCACCCCGAUGUGAACAAAGAGAAGGAUGCGGAGAAGAGGUUCCACAAGAUCCAACAGAGUUAUGAGAUAUUAAGGGAUAAAGAGAAGAAGGCGCAGUAUGACCAGUUUGGUAAGGAUGCGUUUGAUGAGAAUGGACAGCCCACUGGAGGAGGGCAGAAUCCCUUUGAAAACACAUCUGGUAAUCCAUUUGGCGGUAGUCCAUUUGGUAAUCCAUAUGGGUUUGAUUUUGAGGAUUUAUUUAAGGAAGCCUUUUCUAGAGGCGGUGGUGGUGGUGGUGGUGGUGGUAGACGAGCCCAGUUUGUCACGGAGCAUGUUGGGGAUAAUGUCGAGGUACUUAAGCUGAUUCCGUUUAAGGAGAGUAUAUUUGGAGGCAAGACCACUAUCAACUAUAAGGUGCUUGAGACAUGUGGCACGUGUAAAGGAAGCGGGCUUAAAGCGGGAGCCAAGAAGCAAACGUGUUCUUCGUGUCACGGCACGGGCCAGACGUCGUAUGUGAUGGGCGGGUUCCAUAUGGCGUCUACAUGUGCCACAUGUCAAGGAUCCGGGGUAGCAGUAAACCGAUCAGAUGGGUGUACGACGUGUCACGGUAACGGGGUACAGGAGGUUCCCAAGUCCACGACUAUCGAUGUACCUGCCGGGGUCAGCAAUGGGACGAGGUUGAGGAUUCCCGGGCAAGGAGAUGCGCCGCAAGUUUUGAAGGACAAGUAUAAUACGAUUAGGAAUGGAGACUUGAUUGUGCGGAUCAAUGUACAGUCUGACCCUAUAUUCAAGAGGGAAAAGAACAAUUUAGUAGUUGAGCUGGAGAUCAAGAUGACUACUGCAAGUCUUGGAGGAGAGAUUGUAGUGCCCACCUUAGAUGGAGAGAAGGUCAAGUUAAAGAUUCGACCAGGAGUGCAGAAUGGCAAGAGGUUAGUGAUUCCCGAUAAGGGAGUUCCAGUGAGUCGACAAAGACGGGGCGAUUUAGAAGUUAUUUUGAAUGUCAAGACGUUGGUUCCAGAGACUGCGACACAGAGUGCAUUGCUUGAGGCAUUAGCGGAUGCGUUUAAUGAUGAGAAUGCGAAAAGGACACUUGAGUGGGAGAAGGUGAAGGAAGAGAAGGACUUGCAUCCAUCGACGAUGGAAAAGAUUGCCAAGCUCUUUGGGAUUAGAAGAAAGUGA